GCUGUCUAUCUGGAGAGCAUCACAACAAGCAUUCGUGGCUUCCCCAGAUUCUCCCGGCGUGCCCCAAUCUACCAUACCUGCUCCGGCCAGUGGCCCUGUUCCGAGAUACUGCCAUAGUGAUAUACCCUGAAUGCUUCAGCCCCAGCAUUGAUCCUAGCAGUUCCCAUUGAGAACAACAACACACAAGGGCAAAACACGAGUUCUCCCCAUUCACCCUUCGCACCUCACCAUGACUACCUCAGCGACCAUGAUUCAGCUGCAGAACCUCCCUUGGUUCACAGCCUUGUGGACCCUGCCCUUGCUGUAUCUGGUCGGCAAGAUCGUAUACAAUAUCUACUUUCACCCUCUAGCAAAAUUUCCGGGACCAUUCUUCGCCAAGUUCACCUCCAUAUACCCCCUAACGUCAAUGGUCAAGAUGAAUCGAAUUCGAUGGCAGCACGAAAUGCUCGAGAAGUACGGCAGUCCAGUACGUGUCGGAACAAAUGAGCUUUAUUUCUCAAACAUGAAAUCGUGGCAGGACAUCUACGGGCAGUCGUCCAACCCAUGUCCAAAGGAGAAGGUCUUUUACGACAUGUUUACUGCAACGGGGGCAGUGAGCUUGCUCAACGAAAGAAACAAGGCUGCUCACGCCCGCCUGAGACGCCUGGUAUCCCAUGCUUUCUCCUUGAAAGGACUUCUGCAGGACGAGCCCAUGAUUCACCAGAAAGUGAAGACGCUCCUGGACGUCGUCUUUGCUCCGGCGGCCGCAAAUAAAGGAUCAGUGGACAUUUUCCAAAAGACGUUGGAUCACUAUCUCGAUAUCACCACGUACUUGAGUUUUGGGCAAUCCUUCGACUGCGUGUCCGGCAAAGGUACCCUCAACCACGAUGACUUGGAUGCUUUCAUGCAAACUGUGCCGCUUCAAGCCUUCUUCCCGCAGCUACGACGGGUGCCUCUCAAAAAGAUCCAGGAUGCUUACAAGGCCUUGGACAGGUUGAUCAAGUUUGCGGAAAAUUCCGUCAAGGACUUCUACGACAAGAUCAACAAGAACGGGGACGAUUAUGCCCGAGGUACUUUCCUAAGGAAUCUGGUAGAUGCUGUCGACCCCGAAACGGGCAGCAAGCUGACCGGCCCCGAACUUGUCGAACAUUCUAUCCUUUUCCUCGUCGCAGGAAGUGAUACGACCGCGGUGACAACUCUAUACACGAUCUGGGAAAUCGGCAAGAGACCUGAUGUGAGAAAGAAGCUCCUGGACGAAAUUCGUACAACGUUUCCGGACCCCAAGCACGAACCUACCUACGAGGAGACCACCAAACUGGAGUACUUGAACGCGUGCAUCGAGGAGACACUUCGCAUCUGGGGGCCCCUCAGUGCCGGCUUCCCGCGCGUAUCGCCAGGCAAAGUCAUCGGCGACCAUUUCAUCCCUGCGGGCGUCCAAGUAGCGACUCCAGCGUACGUGACAGGACGUGACCCGAAGGUCUUCCCCAAUCCUAAUGAGUACAUUCCGGAACGGUGGUUGAACGCCACGACUGAUAUGAAGAACAUGUCUCGGCCGUUUAGCUAUGGUCCCCGAAAUUGCAUCGGGAAACAUUUAGCAGACAUUGGGCUUCACUUGACUCUUACCCGGCUGUACCAGCUCUACGACAUUGAGAUCGACCCAAGCAUGACGGACGCGAUGAUGGUGCAGAAAGAUCGGGGCGUUUCCGCUCCGUGGGACGAGAAGUUGAUUGUGCGGCCGACUUUUAUCCAUGGCAAUAUCGGAUCGUGAAAAAUCUGAGGUUCUAAUUUGGGCGUUGACUUGACGCGUUUUUCAUUCUGUUCUGUAUCGUUGGCAGUGGAAUGAGUUUGCAGUGGAAUGGGUUGGCAGGUGAAGGGAUAGUACCAGUACUGCUAGUCGAGCCAAAUGUAAACAUAGAAAGGGACCAUUUUUGUCUCUGGUCUAUAGGUGUCAAGGCUCUCUUCCUCACAGGGACGCGGCGAAUAUUCGGGUUCGGCUGUACUAAAUGGGUAUACCGUCGUUGACCGCAUUGACCGAGUCGAGUCAGUGUCUGGGGUUAGGUUUAGAGCCGAAACCCUGAAACCUGGAGAGUACCUGGACCAUAUCUCGACGAAUUCACCAUUGAAUCAACCUUAAU